AUGGCCAGAGAAAACGAGAGCUCUAAGCAGGAUAGUGAGAAACCUUGUUGUGUUUUGGCAUCAGAGCCUCCUGCAGCAGAGCAAGAAAAGAAUCCACGUUAUCCUUUACAUUCCAGUCUCAAGUCCAAAGAUCAUCUUACUGUACCUCUCCCGGUGUUCCGGAAGCCAGUACAGAACAUGCCUGAAGAAGGGGAAAAAGAAUACCACAAGGGGGGAUGGUGUGAUUCUGAAGCACUGAAGGAAGCACUCCGAGUACUGCCUUUCAAAGGUUAUUUGAAAGAUAGUUUCAACAAACUCUCGGGGGAUUUGUGCGAUUGCAUUGAGACAUUGUACCAUGAUCAUCCAAGAAAUUCAGAAACAAGACGCAGUUUUCAGUGUAUGCUAGAAGUGGUUGAGUUGAUCAAAAUUCUUCCUGCUUUAAUAAACUGUGACAAGGAUAAUAGUGAUAUAUGGUCUGAUGAACUUCUUGAGAGAAAGAUACAAGAUGGUGGUGACCCUACUUUGUGGCGUGAGGAGCUCACCUGUGUGCAGACUAACACAUGCAAUAAAUCUAAGUUCAGGUUGGCCAGAUCCCUGUGUGUGCAAGAACUAAGAUAUCUUGUUGAUAACCUGGACCUUCCAAAUUGUUACAGCAUAAAAGAAAUUCAAUUCUACCUGUUGCAAAGAGUGAAAUGCAUUCUCUGUACAGUUUCCAGCUCAUUCAGGUUGUACAAUGUGCCCAUGGACAAUUCUCCUUCAGAUAUAUGCUGGUUGGUCAAGAAGUCUGAAAAGUUGACUCUUGACUUGCUGAUUGUCGAUGAGGCUGCACAGCUUAAAGAGUGUGAAACCUUAAUUCCUUUGCAGCUGCCAGGCAUAAGGCAGGCUGUUUUUAUCGGAGACGAAUAUCAGUUACCUGCUCUGGUGAAAAGCAAAAUAUCUGACAAUGCUAAAUUUGGGCGAAGUGUUUUUGAGAGGUUAAGUAUGCUGGGUUAUUGUAAGCACCUUCUCAAUGUGCAAUACAGGAUGCAUCCAAAAAUAAGCAAGUUUCCAGUUGUUACAUUUUAUGAUGGCAAGAUAUCUGAUGGUCCCAAUGUCACUACUAAGAGCUAUGAGAAGAGGUUUUUAGCAAGCAAAAUCUUUGGGUCAUACUCAUUCAUAAAUGUAGAUGGAGGACAUGAAACAACUGAGAAGCACGGGCAUGGCUGGAAAAACACAAUUGAAGCUGCUGCAGUUUCGAGGAUAGUGCAGAGGUUGUUCAAAGAGUCAUUCUCUACAGGAAUCAAAAUCUCCGUUGGUGUUGUGUCCCCAUAUAAUGGUCAAGUUAGAGAAAUCUCUGAGAAACUUGGGAAAUCCUACGAUAGGUACGACGGUUUCUCGGUGAAAGUGAAAUCUGUGGAUGGUUUCCAAGGUGCGGAGGAAGAUAUCAUUAUCAUAUCAACAGUGAGGAGCAAUAAAGCUGGUUCUGUUGGAUUUCUCACAAACAUGCAGCGGACCAAUGUGGCUCUCACGAGAGCUAAGCACUGUUUAUGGAUAGUAGGAAAUGGGACGACUUUAUCCAACAGCAAGUCUGUUUGGCAGAAGAUAGUCAAAGAUGCGCAAGACCGGGAUUGCUAUUUUGAUGCCGAUGAGGACAAAGAUUUGUCAAAUGCAGUAUUCAAGGCUGUCAUCGAGCUCGACGAUGCUGAUAAUCUAGUGGAAAAAAUGGACUCGCUUGAUAUAGGCAAGCCAAGGUCUCAGAAAUCAAGGUCCAAAUACCGUUCAUGA